AGUGGAUGUCGAUGAGCAAGUGACACAGUUUGCAAAAGAAUUAUUUAGUCGGGUUCCUCAUAAAAAGAAAAUUGAGAGAGCUUUGACAACAGAUCAACAUCGCCAAAAGGAACUAGAACACAAGAACAAGACAUAUACUCUGUUGUCUGAUGAUGAUGAAGAUGCUGUGCCUGCUGCAACAAUGCCAAAGAGAAGUUCAAAGGAGAAAAAAAGAAACAUUCGCAAAAAGCAAGAAUCAUCUGAGAGCAGUAGUGAGAGUGACAGGAAUGAUGCUGAUGACCUGGAUGCGGAUGAGGACAUGGACUCAGAUUCCGACUCAGACGAGGCCCAGCGGCAGCUGGACCUGAAGGAGCGAGAUGAGUUUGCCAAGAGACUGAAGGACAAAGACAAGGAGAAAACACGAACUGUAACAUCUAAAACUGACAAGAAGGCGUACAAGGAAGCCAAGAAGCGUCUACAGCUGGAGACAGAAGACAGGAAGCACAUCAUCCCAGAGUUGCGGAAACAGUCCCGCCGCGACUACCUCAAGAAGCGAGGUCAUGACAAACUGGAGGACCUGGAGGCUGAGAUCAUUGAUGACGAGUAUCUGUUUGAUGGCAAGAAUCUCACCAGGAGGGAACAUGCUGAACUGAACUACAAGAAGAAGGUUCUGAAACUAGCCAAGGACCAUCGUAAAGCUGGGGAUGUUGAGAAGGUGAACCGCUACUACAUGCCAAAGGACGAUGUGAAGCCACAGGACCGGUAUGUGGAGGACAUGACGGAGCGCGGACCCAACUAUGAACAGUCUCGAUGGGAGGAGGACCAUCUGUCCACUGCUCUCCUCAAGUUUGGCGCCAAAGAUGCCAAGUCCAAGAAGAAGGCUCAGGAGUAUGAGGUCAUCAUGGACGAUGAGAUCGAGUUUGUGCAAGCUCUCCAGUUGCCCGGCUCCAUCAAGGACAAGGACCAGAUGCCCCAAAUGUCUGAGGGGGAGAAACAGAAAAUGACCAUCGAGGAGACAAAGAAGAGUCUGCCAAUCUAUCCCUUCAAGCAGGACCUAAUUGAUGCUAUCCGCGCUCACCAGGUCCUGAUCAUCGAGGGUGAGACAGGGUCAGGCAAGACUACACAGAUACCACAGUACCUCAAUGAUGCGGGUUUCAACAAAAAUGGCAUGAUGGUUGGAUGCACCCAGCCUCGACGAGUGGCGGCCAUGUCUGUAGCAUCCAGAGUGGCACAAGAGAUGGGGUACAAACUCGGAAACGAGGUUGGCUACAGCAUCAGGUUUGAGGACUGCACGUCGGAGAGAACCAUCCUCAAGUACAUGACAGACGGCAUGCUGCUGCGAGAGUUCCUGUCAGAACCAGAUCUGGCCAGUUACAGACAACAAAUCAACCCUUUCAGUUCUUUGAUUGCACCAACAAAGUUUGUGCCAUUGUCUGAUAUGAUCAGUUUGGGCAUUCCACGUCUGUCAGCCAUACGAAACAAUGCUCUCAAAAAGGAAUCUGAAUCUAACCCAAAGGCAAUCUCCAGGUGUACUGCUCUGGAUGCUAAACAACCGGUCCUCUACUGGAAUAUUGUCAAGUACAUCUGCUGA